AGUGGCGGGAAAAAAAGCAUCAGGAGUGCGUGAGUCCACUCGGUUCUUUUUUCUAGGGUUUUGAAAAUCGAAGCAACAUGGGAAAGCGAAAGGGAGGAGUAAGCAACAUGGAAAAGCGAAAGGGAGGAGGAAGCAACAUGGAAAAGCGAAAGGGAGGAGGAAGCAACAAUGGAGGAAUCGAAGAGAACACAAUGGCAAUUCUCGAUACUUCUGGUUUCAAUAGAGAUUCUCACCACCGCCACGACGAUAGUCUUGCUUUUCUAGAAGCUGUUCGCUCUGCUUCAUUGCUACCAGAAAAUAGAACACCGCCUACUAGCACGAUGCGUGAAGCGAUUUUCCAAAUUUUGAAGGAAGAGACUUCACUUGAGCUAAUAAUGGGAAGUUAUCAACUUCUAAAUGAGUUGGACAAGCGAUUUCCUAGGCUGUGCUUGCCCAAAAUGGAGGAGCAAGCAUCAUGUCUGCCACCAACCAUUCUCAAUGAACCUGUUGAAGUUGAAGAGGACUGGUGUCCAUUUACUCUAGGAUUGGAUAGGGACGAUGAAAUAAAUAAAGGUUCAAGUGGAUCAAUUGACCCCUUGGGCUUUCAUUCACUAAUACAAGAACUUGGGAAAAUGAUCAAUCAGAGGUCAAAAGCAUUAGAAACAAAGAUAUUAAGGAAGAUGCUACUACUUCACUAUCUUGUCAGUGUGCUUGAAGGAGACUUUGUGCCUCGUAUCAAAGCAUUCAAAGAAAAGAUGAGUUGGACCAUUUUGCGGGAUUCAUUGCUCAGCAUGCUUCUGGGGUCAAGAAAAAUAAUCUAUAGAAGCUUAGUCAAGGACUGCCUGUCAGUUAUAUGUGAUGUGUUCUCUGACUUGUAUGAUAAAUAUGAGUCCUCUGAUGUGGAUUCAGUGGCACCUCCUUCAAACGAGAUAUCACAUAAUUGCAUUGCUGCUUUUGCACUGGCUUUACCUGAACUCAAACGGUCUACUUGUAUCUAUCUGAAGAAUCUCCUGAGGAUGAUGAUGGACCUGGAUACAUCACGUAAUGUGGCAGAUGUUCAAGGCUGUACCACCAGAGCUGAUAGUGUGAGAACACCUGCUGCAGAGAUCAUUUUGGAUGAACUCGCUUACAAUUCUGAUAUGCUCUCCCCCUUUUUUCAGGUCUUUGAUGACCCUUGGUGGAAGCUAAAAAUAAUCAUGCAGCACUUUCAGAAAUACACUCCUAAGUUUCCUGUUCGUACUAGGAGAUCAAAUAGUCUGGUGAAUGAUUCCACAUUUGAAGGUGUUUUAAAGUGCUUCUCAAACAGCAGGAGCACAAAAAAUAUCAUCAAGAAAAUUGGAAUGGAUGUUGCUCAGCUGCUUCUUGCGCAUGCCUUUUUGGCUUAUUUGUCAGUAUCAGUGGAUUCUUCUGCUCAAAAUGAUGAUUUUGAAGAGAUGGUGAAAGGAAGCUCUCUCACAGAAAUCUGCAAGCAUAUAAUAGCUGCUUUUACUUUUAUCAGAAAAGAAUACAAGAACACAGAAAUUCUACUUAUGGGUAAAGAAGCAGUGUUUACAGCCUCGACCAUUCUCUCAACCAAGUCAUAGGAGAAACAGCAGUUACUAUUUAUUGUUCAUAAUGUAUAUUUGGUCAAAUGGGGGCAAUUUGCAAAGCCCUCCUACCUGAAGUCGGCCAAAUGAUGUUUCUACACAGCCAGUAGUGGUCAAAUGCUGAUCAAGGAAACCUCAGUGAAAGCUUCAUUUAAUAGCCAAUGGAACUGUCCUUUGUAGUUACAGGAAAACCGAAAAAGGGCAACUCUAAAGAACUUGGUGUAUGUAUGAAUAUAUCCAUAGCACUAAGCUAUGUGUUAAUGCUUAAAUGGAUCACUUCAAUGUUAGUGUAUUCUGUCCAAUGAUAGUCGUGAAAACACUGAACAGAACAAAAUGGAAACAAACAAUGAAACUUGUCUGAUGAAUUAUUUGAAGCGCCAUGUUCUCAUGAGAGGUGUUGAUGUGCUGUGGAUGAUAUGCAGGAUGUUCUCAAAUAAUGUUGGUGCAAUGUACUAUCGGAGUAAGUUUGCAGCUACUUCAACAAGUGAUAACAGCUAUAAGCUGAAAGUUCAUAUUCAUGACACUUUAAUACAAGUUUGAGAGUUAGGAGUAUAAUCCUGUAUGAGUAAUAAAAUUUCACUUGGGUAAAACAGAGUUUUUCUUUUCC